GCAUGCGCAGUGGAGAUAGGGCUAAUCAGCCCGUGACGUUUUCCUGUAGUCACUGGCUGGGCAGUUUUGUUGUGUACGGCAGUGGUGCUGAUAGUCUCUGUGACCCCGGGUACGGAGAGAGAUCUCUCCUAUGGCAAUGAACUACAAGGAGGAAGAUGGGCACCAUCACUCGGGUGAGGGGCCCGGUGCGGCGGUGAAGAGUAAGAAGCCCGAUAACACUGCCUUCAAGCAACAACGGCUUCCGGCUUGGCAGCCGAUCCUCACUGCCGGGACCGUGUUACCGGCCUUCUUCGUGAUCGGGAUCAUCUUCAUCCCUAUCGGGAUCGGCAUCUUCGUCACCUCCAAUAACAUCAGAGAGUACGAGAUCGACUACACUGGAAUAGAUUCGAGUAGUGCUUGUUACAAGUGCUCGAAUGUCUCUUUCAACAGCACCCCGUGCCAUUGUGUCAUAAACUUCACCCUGGAAAAUGCAUUUGAGAGCAAUGUGUUCAUGUAUUAUGGGCUGUCUAACUUCUAUCAGAACCAUCGACGGUAUGUAAAGUCUAGAGAUGACAGUCAGCUCAAUGGAGACAAGAACUCUCUAACGAAUCCCAGCAAGGAAUGUGACCCCUAUCGUAUGAAUCAGAACAAACCUAUUGCACCCUGUGGUGCCAUUGCCAACAGUAUGUUCAAUGAUACCCUCCAGUUAUAUAUGAUCGUAGAAGGAAAUGAAAAAUUAAUUACAUUGACUAAAAAAGGCAUUGCUUGGUGGACUGAUAAGAACGUGAAGUUCAGAAAUCCAACUGGAAACACUACUGUCUUGAGCCAGAUAUUCAAAGAUACAACAAAGCCUAUCAACUGGCAGAAACCAGUCUAUGAGCUCGAUCCGGGGGACGUGGACAACAAUGGCUUCAUCAAUGAAGAUUUCAUUGUUUGGAUGCGCACGGCAGCACUGCCUACUUUCAGAAAGCUUUAUGGGCUGAUAGAGAAGAAGGAUGCAGCGGCUGCAUUGCCACCUGGCAACUACUCUCUUCAUGUAGAAUACAAUUAUCCUGUUCUCAGCUUUGAUGGAAGGAAGAGAAUGAUCCUCAGCACAAUUUCCUGGAUGGGAGGAAAGAAUCCCUUCUUAGGAAUAGCAUAUAUCACUGUGGGCUCCAUCUGCUUUUUCUUGGGAAUCGUGCUGCUCAUCAUCCACCAUAAAUAUGGAAAUCGCAAUAACAGUGCUGAUAUUCCCAACUAGUUGUUUGCACCGUUUCCUGCAUGUGCAUCUAAGCAAGUCCGCACUGCUUGUGUGCUAGCUUCCUCCUCUUGUGUUCUUAAUACUAUUUAUUUUAUAAAGCGGGGUUAUUUUUAGUCCAUGUAAUUUUGUUGUACCUGGAAAUGAGUCGUGGAAAAAGUGUUACCCUCCAAACUGUCUGAUGUCAACAGAAGUUCAUUUCCAUAGCCAGUUUUUUUUGGGCAUGACUGGUAAGGCUCUGUUCACACUAGUGUCAUAACUUUUCACCACAUGACAGCUUUGCUAGAUCUGUUCACAAAUCCUGCCUGAUCCCAUUAAUUUGUAGUGGUAUCUGUCAGGGUUCUAGUAUUCAUGAUAUCUAGAACCGUGCUGAAGUCUGAAUUGUUCUUGCCUUCAAAAAAUAGCACAACCCCAGGCAAAAGGUUUACGAUGGUAAUGUGUAUGGAGCCUAUAUGAAACUUGAAUGGUCUUGCAGGUAACUUCUCAAAUGUGACUGUAUGCUACAAUUGUUUUAUUCAGAUUUGAUGAACAUCAAGUACCAGAAUAAUUGUACAAUGUGAUUGGGCACAAGUGUGAUUGUCGCAUGGUGUUGUGAGGCAGGGAUUAUCAUUGUACAAGUCUUCUUUAUGGGAAAGAACAGUACAAGUUCCACAAGACCAUUUUAUAGAAUUAAUAAAAGUGUCGUCCUCAGUUUCCUCUGCUCUUUUGUACUGGUUGAUGGAGAAUUCUGUUAAUCAAAGCCUUGCUGUAUUUCGGCCAUAAUAAUAUGAGCUGUUAUGGGUAGAAAGAGGCCUGCCAUAAUCUCUAUGUACUCCAUUAGUCUAUAAAGCACUACUUUACUGUACAACCUUUAGAAUACGAAAGCCUGAAUGAAAACAUGUUAAAUCACAACAGUUCUGAAACAAUCAAAAUCCUGUAUUCCCUGGUUGAGCAGUUACUUAGUAAUAGUUUUCAGAAUCCAUUUCUUUCCCUCCUUUUUUUGGUACAGUCCUCCCAUCUUGUCUACUUCCCAAAGCACUCUUGCCUGUUCCCCACCCAGAGCUGUUGUAGAACAUAUCAGUUCACAGCAGACUAUCCCACAAUCGGUGAGGUUGCAGCACCUGCUGCAAACAUUCCCUGUCUGCUCCUCUGCUUGAGGCAUUUCUCAGCACAAUAACAGGUAGAUGAGGGAUGUAGGGGCUGGUCAGAGGUGGUUUCAUCACUCAAGGGGCAGAGCUAGAACUCAGAAAAGAUGCAGCUUACCUCCUGAGACAGUAGAGUGUGAUGCUAUGUCUUGGGAGAGAGAGAGGAGCAGGGGAGCCUGAAACACCACCACACUGACAAUGAAAAGACUUUACAACUUCCUGUCGGGUGAAUCACACAGCAAACAACAAUGAAGUCAAUACCAUUUGUGACAAAAGUAUAUUAUUAAUUUAUAUAUAUUGGGGUAAUAGUCUUAUUUAAAUACAAUUUUUACUAAACCCUGAAUACUCCUCUAAUGUUUGUAGUGCAGACAUUUUUCAUUUUGCAGAAAGGGUUCCCCGCUCAUGCUGCCGAUUUUUUAGUUUUUUUUUUAAAUCUGUGGAAUGUAGAGUUGUGUGGGUUGAAUUCUCUUUUUACAUCCGCUAUUAAGAUUCUCUUGAAAGAGAAGUUGUACAGUGAACAAUCUACGAGCAGUUUGUGUAUUGAUUUUCCUGGUGAAUACACUCUUGUUAAAGAGUAUAUAAUAUAUGCUUGAGAACAAAGGGUAAAAUUGUUUUCCAUUUGUUGGGUUUAAAAAGGUGAAGCUUUUCUCCAGGAUGGCCUACUAUGAAGCUGGUAGGGCUAUAUUACACCACCUCAUUCCAGGGGACUAUAGAAAUGGUCGCCUUUUAUUAAAGGAGUACUCCGGACAAAAGCUGUUUUUUUCUAAUUUAUUUAUUUUUUCAAAUGAAUCCACUUAAUUUACUCUAGUUAAAAUUUUGCAUAGUACUUGAUAUAAGAGCCACUCACCCCUGCAGGAAGUACUGCAGUUUGCCAGCAUCACAUCCUCGCUCUAUGGCUGCCCUUAGGGGGCGUGACGUAAAUGAGCUACACGAUCGGCGUAGGCAUCCUCUUUGAAGCCCGACCUCAGCAAGUCAGGGCUCUGCUCCCGAGAUCACAGCACAGGGGGGAAAAAAUUGUUCUGAAGGCUGCAGCACCUCUUUAGCCUGUUUUCCUGUAUUGGGCAGCUGGGUGUGCGCAGUCCCAGCUCUAGCUCAGUUACAUCUGGGCUAUAGUGCCAUGUUAAGGGCCAGCUCGCCGACAAAUGAUCUCGGGAGCAAGACCAUGAUGUACUGAGGUAGCUCAUUGACGUCAUGUCACCUAAUGACAGAGGGCGGCCGCAGAACAGGGGCACGGCCCUGGGAAACUGCAGUACUUUCCAGCAGGGGAGAGUGGCUCUAUCUCAGGAACCAUGUAAAAUUUGUAACUGGAGUACAUUAACAACUUUGUGCUAAAAUUAGAAGGGAUUAUUAGAACAAAAAAAAAAGAUUUUGCACGGAGUGCUCCUUUAACAGUAUGCAGUCUAGACGACAAGCAACACCACUUUUGUCCAUGUUUUGAGACCCAUUUAGACAUUUUCAGGGGGCAAAAUAUUUGUUUAAAAAAUGUUUUAAGGGGUUGUCCUACUUGAAACACUCAGCUAUGUAACUUUGAUUUCAGUUUAUUGUUGGUUUUAUGGCUCACCUUCUGGGUCACAAUGGAGUCAGAAGAUGAAUGGAGCUGCAAAACUGCUUGUGGAUUCUACUGCAUCUAUGGCACUUCUGCUGUUGUCUCAUAAAUACAUCCACAUUACAGUGUGGAUUGGUGUCUGUAAGCGGUCAUGCAUUACCCUUAAACAGGAGUGUGUAGAAGCUGGCCACCGAUCCUGCACACUCUUGGAAACCCUACUUCACCAUUAAACACUUUGGAAUGGAAUUACCUCAAUGAUUUGAUAGGACACGUAAGAGGAAUGGUAGUGCUUGCUUAAAAUACGAUGUGCUCUUGCUGCUUGUCUAGCUGUAUAUUACAUGUUCAUGGUAGCUAGAUAAAUGAUGUGAAUAUUCAUGCUGAAAGAUUGUUGCUUAAGUUAUUUUAACAUUCCUUUUUGUCUUAUAUUUUUAUGUGUAUAUCUUAAUUUUUACAACAGAAUUUGCACCAUAUAUGGCUAUAAACGUUUCGAGCUCUUGGAACAGUCUUGACAGUAUAAUUUUGUUCUCAGUUUGGUUGGUAAAUUCAGUAAUUAAAAUAAGAAUUGUCUGCAUAUUUAAUAAAUGUAUACAGUGGAAUUUAAAGCCAGUGUUCUUAUAUAGUGUUUCUCACUCCAGUCCUCAAGGACCGCUACUAAAAAUAUUGAGGAAAUCUUCCUGAAGAGGUUGUCUUGAAGACUUGAUAUGAAACCUAUACGUCAUAGCUAAAUGUUCUUCCAGAUAAACUGUUGCCAGGAAGUUAUAAGGAUUUGUAAAUAACUUCUGUUAAAGGAGUACUCCAGCGCAACAUAACUUAUCCCCUAUCCAAAGUAUAGGGGAUAAGUUAUAGAUAACGGGGGGGGGGGGGGGGAUCCGAGCACUGGGGCCCCCCGGGAUCUCCUGGACGGGGCCGUGGCAGUCUGUAGGAAAUGCAGUUUCGUCCCCAGCAGAAAGCCACAGCCAUCUCUAUGGGGUACAUGAAACGCCCCCUUUCCAGCAUGCUGCUGCGGCCCCGUCCAGGAGAUCCCGGGGGUCUCCAGUGCUCAUACCCCCCGCGAUCUAUAACUUAUCCCCUAUCCGAGGGAAAGGGGAUAAGUUAUAUUGCACUACAGAUGUCCUUUAAAAAAAAAAUAAUAAUCUGCUAUUACCCCCAUAUACAACCGAAAGUUCUCAGAGCUGCUAAUAUUAAUGAGUGUUGACUAAUAAACAGAACCUCUCUUUCACUGUAAACACUUGCUUUCACUACAGCAGAACGAAACUGGUAUAAAUAAAAGAGAGCUCAAAAAAGUUAGAACAUUAGUCUGUUUUUCUCAUGUAGCCCUCCAUGGGCAGAGGUAGGUAACUGAGAUAAAUCUCUUACUGAAAGUGUUUUCAAGGAAGCCCGUCACUAUGAAUAAGCUAUCCGAUCCCCUUCUCUUUCUAGGCUGGAGAGUCCAGAGGGUGGUCUCACUUAAUGAUUGAUAGGCUUCCCUGCUUGAGUAUGCAUACAGUGAUGGCUGUCAGUCAGUGAUUAGGACUGCCCACUGGACUCCUAAGCAUAGAAAUCUUUUACCACACAAACAUGUGUCAUUCUGCUCAGCUUCUCCUGCUCUAUCUCAUGCAGCAGGCAGAUUAGACUGCACUUUCAGCAUGACUGGUUCCAUUUAUGGAGGAGUUGAAGUUGACCUACAGAACAUCUCAUACCCCAUGUGAUUAAUCUCAUACAUAACCUCAGUGCCUAUAAGUAAAUCAGUACAUUGCAGGGUCAAAGGUUGGUGUAGUUUCUUAACGUGUUACUGUCAUUUAAGAAAACCAUAUGUCAGAGUCGAAAGUUUUGAUCAUUCUGGGUGUUCAGACCACGCUGAUCACUAGAGCUGGAAAAAGUGCUCGGCUGAGUGUGUUGUUUGUAUUUGUAAGUCUAUUGAACUUCUACAGUGAAACGGGAAUAGAAGCACCAAGCCAAGCACUUCUCCCAGCUCAUUCUAGUGAUUGGUAGGGGUCUGAACAACCAGACCCCAAACCGAUCAAAACACUAGGCAUGUCUCUGACAAAGUAUUGUUAAAUGACUGUAACACUUUAUUCCUGGAAACGUUAAGGCAUGGUUAAUAUGCUGCCACUGAAAACACUGAACUGUUUUUCUUCUGUCGUUUUCCCGUUUUCCUUAGUCAAUAAAUUAUAUUAAAGAAUUACUGAUGUUGUGGUUAAUGGAUAAAUUUAUGGAUGGCAAUAAAAUUGUAAUUUUAAUUUUGA